ACAGGCCAUUAUGGACUACAUCCUGAAGGAUGCCUCGGAACGAAACAGACUCGGCGUCCCGCUCCAGGAGAAAAUAUCUCACUCUGCGGGCAGGCUGUGGUUUCCAUGGCAACAGGCGGUACGCGAUGCAAGGAGUUACAUGGCAACUCAGCUGUACAUCACACACCCCGUCAUGACUAGUAUUCUGUAUCUCUGGGAAACUAAGUACUUUACCUUCAGGCUAAUAGACAUCCCUGGUCUGAAGAAGGUGAUGCCGUUAACCAUGGAGGCAUUCCUUGACCACGUUGAGUCAUCCAGUAAGAAAGGACGAGAGAUCUUAGACAAGGAAUGGAUGUCUGAAUGUACAGCAAUUGUUGGACGCAAUCAAGACGAGAUAGAGAGAUGGAUGCCUGUUGAUGAGGAUACCAGGAUGAAGCACAUGGAUCACUUCUUUUCCUCAGUGGCAACCCUCAUGUCUAACUGUCUCCGAGAUGGAGUCAAGAAGUCUAUUCUUGAUCUGUGUGAAUGGCUGGAGAUGUACAGCGAUGGCAAUAACUAUGAAGGAGAGUACGUUACAUCAUCCCUGAGGUUACCCGUACUGCCUCAGCCGUUCACCAUCUUCAUGGGUCCACUCAUGGAGCAAAUAUCCUGCAAAUUCACCCCGUCCUUUGACAUGACCAUCAAACUAUUCCACGAGGCCGUCUACAUCAUGGUCCGAAGCUCGCAGGGAUUGCCAUGUGUCGAGACCUGCCUCUUUGAGAAGGUGGAUGACCUGAUCGGGAAGAAGAUCAGUUCAGUCCAGGAGCAGGAGGAGCUGGUUGAGACGGCUAAGGAGAGGAUUGCUAGAGUGGUGAUGAGUAAUAGCCACGGACCGAAUAGAUACAAGUCAGUUUACGAACCCUACUCCUACCUCCUGACUAACGCCUCUGACGUCAAAGUUGAGAAGUUUGUCAGUAAAGAGCAACAUCUCCGAGACUAUGUCCGAGAGAUUGAGAACAUCAAAGCCAUGGCCAGAGAAGUGGCCUCGCUACCUGUCUACGUACCCAUGCAUGUAUUUGUGCUGGAUUGUAACAACAUUAAUAGUUGGUUGAUUGCUCGAGCUGAAGACCUGGCCAAUAUUAUGAUCAACAAGAUCGUCUCGAUGAGUCGUAAGUUCAACCGUGAGAUAUGCAGUCAGUACGACGGCAUCGUCAGGAAGAUAACUUCACAGUCUCAGUCUACGGAUCAGCUGGUAGCUCUACAAGAUUACACUGAUGGGCUGAGGGUAGGGGAGUUGCUUCAUCUGAAGGCCAAGCUUGAGAUUGCAGCAAGUAACCUACUUUUCCUAAUGGACUAUGCCACUCUGCCUAAAGAUGACCUCAUGCUAAAUGAUACUACAUUUACAUGGAGUGAUAGGAUUGUACCAAUUAUAAGGAACAGUGAGACAAAACUUCAGAAGGAGCAUGACAUCGCUGUUUCCAAGCUCUCUGACAGACAGCGUAAGUUUCAGCUUCGCCUCAAUGAGGUCUUGGAGAUGGUCAAAGGCUUCAAGACCAAGGAUCGGAUGUCUGAGGCUCAAGAUUACCUCCUCAAACUCAAAGAUAUCCAGAGAGUCUUGGAAGAAUUCUAUAAAGAGAAAGCGUCCAUCAACUAUGAAGAGAAUCUGUUGGACACCGGUGAGAUUACCCCAUACUCUAUCCUAGAGGAGAUACAUGAUACCAAGGAACCGUUUGAUAAACUAUGGUCGGUUGCAGUUCAGUUCCAUCAUCAGUAUGAUAAAUGGAUGAAUGGGCCACUGCUUGAUGUAGAUGCUGAGAAGGUGGAGGAAGAGGUUCAAUCUUUAUGGAAGACCAGUUACAAAUUAACCAAGACCUUUGCUGGCAGCUCCGAUAUGAUGGGUCCAAUGCGUGCUUCAGUUACCAUCAAGGCUAAGCUGGAGAAGUUCAAACUCAAUAUGCCUCUGAUUGGAGCAUUGUGCAAUCCUGGUAUCAAGAAACGACACUGGGAUAUGAUGAGUGAAAAGGUCGGUUUCAACAUGCAGCCUACCAAUGAGACACCAUUACUAGAGAUGCUGCAGAUGGGUCUAGAGAAGUACCUGGAAGAUCUUGGGGAAAUCAGCUCACAGGCCAGCAAAGAGUUUGCUCUGGAAAAGGCAUUGUCAAAGAUGAAGGAGGAUUGGGAGACGGUGCAUUUUAACUUCACUCAGUAUAAAGACACCGGUCUGAGCAUCUUGUCAUCCCCUGAAGAUGUUCAAGUCCUUCUGGAGGAUCACAUCGUUAAGACGGCUACCAUGAGAGGGUCACCGUUCAUCGCUCCCUUUGAGAAAGAGGUCAAACUCUGGGAAGCUAGAUUGCAUCGUAUGAGUGAUAUCUUAGACUCCUGGUUGAAAGUCCAAGCAGCGUGGCUUUACCUUGAGCCAAUCUUUGGAUCAGCAGACAUCCGUCGUCAAAUACCUGUAGAAGGAGCUAUGUUCACUGAAGUGGAUGAGAACUGGCAAGAUAUCAUGCAAACAGCCGUAAUCAACACAAGAGCAUUGGUUGUCACAUCUCAACUUAACAUGCUAGAAAACCUACAGAAGUCAGAGGGUCACUUAGACACAAUACAGCGGGGUCUGAAUGACUAUCUGGAGAAGAAGAGACUCUUCUUCCCAAGAUUCUUCUUCCUCUCUAAUGACGAGCUCUUGGAGAUCCUCUCAGAGACCAAGGAUCCUCUUCGAGUCCAGCCUCACCUCAAGAAAUGCUUUGAGGGUAUUGCCAAGCUGUCUUUCACAGAGCGUAAAGAGAUCACGGCCAUGGAGUCAGCUGAGAAGGAAGUUGUUGAACUCUGCUCCAGGAUCAUACCGGCUGAUGCUCAUGGACUAGUGGAGAAAUGGCUCAUUCAGGUUGAAGAUAUCAUGAGGCGUAGUCUCCAAGAGGUUACUGGCAAAGCCGUAGCUGCAUACCCCGAAACCCCACGUAAGACCUGGGUGUUGAACUGGCCUGGCCAGGUGGUCAUUGCUGCUAGCACCAUCUACUGGACGUCAGAAGUCACCAAGGCAAUAGAGGAAAAUGGAUUAGAAGUGUAUCUAGACAAGUGCAAUAAACAGAUUGAAGAGAUAGUUGAGCUGGUACGAGGGAAGCUCACCAAGAUGGCUCGCAUCACGUUGGGGGCGCUCAUUGUGAUUGAUGUACAUGCUCGUGAUGUUGUCGCUAAUCUUUGCAACCAGCUCAUCACCGAUCCUGUGAGUUUCUCUUGGAUCAGUCAGCUGAGGUAUUACUACGAAGAGAAGAAUGUGACUGUUCGGAUGAUCACUACGUCGGUGCCUUAUGGCUAUGAGUAUCUGGGUAACACUAGCAGGCUGGUCAUCACCCCAUUGACUGAUAGAUGCUAUAGAACCCUGACAGGUGCGCUGCUGUUGAACCUCGGUGGAGCCCCAGAAGGUCCAGCUGGUACCGGCAAGACAGAGACCUGUAAGGACCUGGCUAAGGCUGUUGCUAAACAGUGUGUAGUCUUCAAUUGCUCUGAUGGCCUGGACUACAAGGCUAUGGGCAAAUUCUUCAAGGGUCUGGCAUCAUCUGGAGCUUGGGCGUGUUUUGAUGAGUUUAAUAGGAUUGAGUUGGAGGUGCUGUCAGUCGUAGCUCAACAGAUCCAGAGUAUACAGAGAGCCGUAGCGGAGCAAGUCCAGACGUUUGUAUUUGAAGGAACAGAGAUAUCUUUAGACCCUUCAUGUACGAUGUUUAUCACCAUGAACCCGGGUUAUGCAGGGAGGGCUGAACUACCUGAUAAUCUCAAGGUCUUAUUCCGGACUGUUGCCAUGAUGGUACCAGACUAUGCUUUAAUUGCUGAGAUCAGCUUGUACUCCAUGGGAUUUGUAGAUGCAAGGUCUCUAUCUACCAAGAUUGUUGCUGUCUACAAACUCUGCUCUGAACAGUUGUCUUCACAACAUCACUAUGACUACGGAAUGAGAGCAGUUAAAUCUGUACUAACAGCAGCUGGUAACCUAAAGCUCAAACAUCCAGAGACUGCAGAAGACAUACUGGUACUCCGCUCAAUCAAGGAUGUCAACUUACCCAAGUUUCUGUCGCAUGAUAUUCCACUCUUUGAAGGCAUCAUCUCAGAUCUGUUCCCCGGUCUAGAGAUGCCCAGACCAGACUACGGUGUCCUAGAGAAGACAUUGAGAGAUACAAUUCUCAAGAACAAACUCCAAUGUGUGCCGUGGUUUAUUGAAAAGAUCAUACAGAUCUAUGAGAUGAUCCUUGUACGCCAUGGUUUGAUGAUUGUGGGUGAUGCCAUCGGUGGAAAGACCAGUGCCUUUAAAGUAUUAGCAGAAUCAUUGGGAGAGCUUCAUACCAAGAAACAGAUGGAAGAGCACAAGGUCACCUACCAGAUCCUGAACCCCAAGGCCAUCACCAUGGGUCAGUUGUACGGCCGCUUUGACCCCAUCUCACAUGAGUGGUCAGAUGGUGUUCUGGCCAAUAUAUUCCGUGAGCAGGCAGCGAGUACCAGCGAUGAUCGUAAAUGGUGUGUCUUUGACGGUCCUGUGGAUGCAGUGUGGAUUGAGAAUAUGAACACAGUACUGGACGAUAACAAAAAGCUUUGCCUGAUGAGUGGUGAGAUCAUCCAGAUGAGCAACAAACAAAAUAUGAUCUUUGAACCCAGAGAUCUGGAGCAGGCAUCACCAGCUACUGUCAGCAGAUGUGGCAUGAUCUACAUGGAGCCAAUACAGCUGGGCUGGAGACCUCUUGUGACAUCAUGGAUGGAGCACCAGUUACCAGACUUUGUGACCAAACCACAAAAAGAAAUGAUAGGGUUGUUGUUCGACUGGUUGUUACCAGCUUGUGUGGGCCAUGUAACCAAACAGUGUCGUCAGUUGGUCCCUGUCUCUGACAUGCACAUGACUAUGUCAAUGCUCAAACUCUUCUCAUGCCUCCUGGAUGAAGUCAAGGAUGAUUCCAGUAGUGAAGAUGAUGAGGAGGAUGGUGAAACAGGAAACCAGUCCCUGACGGAGCAGAAGGUUCAGGAAGAGAGAACCAACAUGCUUGUCUCUCACUUUCUCUUCUCAUUAGUGUGGUCUGUAGGGGCCACCGUAGACUACUCCUCAAGGGAAAAUUUCAGUGAGUUUUUCAAGCAGCUAUGCGACAUGGACACCACCGGCAAGCACCCAAGACCAAAGGACCUGAAGUUUGCUCGUAACCUCCUGAUCCCAAAGCGAGGCUCGGUGUAUGAGUAUGUCUACAUCAGGAAGAGAUACGGAUCUUGGCAUCGAUGGGAAACCAUGGUAACAUCAACUGACAUCGGGGCCAAGGCCAAGAUUAACGAGCUAAUAAUAAGAACAGUCGAGACGGAACGCCAACUGUACUUUCUACGCAAGUUUGUUUCCCAAGAGCGCCCUCUAUUGUUCGUGGGACCCACAGGCACGGGCAAGUCGGCCAUCACCAAUGCAUUUCUCUUGGAGCUGGCGAAGGGACACUACAUCCCGAAUAAUAUUAACUUCUCCGCUCAGACUUCAGCCAAUCAGACGCAAGAUAUCAUUAUGGCCAAACUUGAUAGGAGGAGGAAGGGGGUUUAUGGUCCAGCAAUCGGCAAGAAAUUGAUAGUAUUUGUUGAUGACCUCAACAUGCCUGCUAAGGAGAAGUAUGGUGCCCAACCUCCUGUAGAGCUACUCAGACAGUGGAUUGAUCAUGGGUACUGGUUCGACAGGAAGGACACGAGUGUACUACGUCUAGUGGACUUACUGAUGGUCUCAGCCAUGGGUCCACCAGGGGGUGGCAGGAACACUAUCACCCCACGGUUCCUACGUCACUUCAACAUCAUCACUCUAGAUUCAUUUGAUGAGAAGACAAUGAACAGCAUCUUCAGUCCCAUCAUGGAUUGGCAUUUUGACCAGGGAUUCCAGACCAGCCUCAAGAGGUUCUCAAGGAUUAUGGUAUGUGCAACUACAGACGUCUAUACCCAAUCCAUCUCCAACUUCCUACCGACCCCGUCCAAGUCUCACUACGUCUUCAACCUGCGAGACUUUGCCCGCGUCGUCCAGGGCAUCCUCCUGUUGAAACCCAAGUCCAUGCCAGAGAGCAAGGAGGCAGAGAAUAAGCUGAUCAGACUGUGGGUCCAUGAGGUGUAUCGAGUCUUCUAUGACAGACUGGUGGAUGAUGAGGAUCGAGAGAAGUUCUUUAAGAUUAUCAAGAAUGUUGUUCAAGGGCAAUUCAAGGAAAAGAUGAAUACGAUAUUCAACCAUCUCUACACUGGGAAGCAUGUCACAGACGCUAACAUCAGAAGCGGCGAAUCUAAGGAGUUACGCUCUGAGGACAUGAGAAGCCUGUUCUUUGGUGAUUAUCUGACAUCAAGUGAAGAGGAGAGAUUGUACGAUGAGAUCAGAGACAUGGAAGCACUGAGGGAGUCCAUAGAGAAGUAUUUAGAGGAGUACAACCUGAUGAGCAAGGCACCCAUGGAUCUAGUCAUGUUCCAAUUUGCCAUUGAACACAUCUCUAGAAUCAGCCGUGUCCUCAAGCAACCGAAUGGUCAUGCACUACUAGUGGGCAUUGGAGGUAGUGGUCGUCAGAGUGCAGCCAGGCUAGCAGCCUUCAUUGCUGUUUAUGAUCUCUUCUCUAUUGAAAUUACCAAGAAUUACACAGUAGCUGAUUGGAAGGAUGACCUGAGGAGAUUGCUAAGGAAAGCUGGGGAUGAAGGAGCUUCAGUCGUCUUCUUGUUUGGGGACCAUCAGAUUAAAGAUGAAUCUUUCCUUGAGGACAUCAACAUGAUUCUAAAUACCGGAGACAUUCCAAACCUCUUUGAGAAUGAAGACAGACUGGAAAUCAUUGAGAAGAUGCAACAGCUUGCCAUCUCAGAGAAUGCCAAGGUUGAGAUGACUCCACUCAACAUGUACAAUAAGUUUGUUGGGAGGGUUCGGCGUAACCUUCACAUGGUCCUUGCCUUCAGUCCCAUUGGUGAUGCAUUCAGGAAUCGCAUUCGUAUGUUCCCAUCACUCAUUAACUGCUGUACAAUCGACUGGUUUAAGGCGUGGCCUGAAGAUGCCCUAGAGAUGGUUGCUCACAAGUUCCUGGACGAUGUUGAGAUGUCAGACCAGGUACGAGCGGAGACGGUGGUCAUGUGCAAACACUUCCAUGAAAGCGUCAGAGCUAUGUCCGAUCUGUUUUUCUCAGCACUGAGAAGGAGAAACUACGUGACUCCCACCUCCUACCUGGAACUGAUUAAGACCUUUAAGAAUCUGUUGAAUAGAAAACGCAUGGAGAUUAUGACUCUGAGGAAUCGCUACGUAGUGGGACUGGAGAAACUAGACUUCGCUUCCUCUCAGAUCUCUGUAAUGCAAGAGGAGUUGACAGCCCUUCAGCCUCAGCUGAUUCAGACUCGUAAGGAGACUCAAGAACUGAUUGAGAUCAUCAAGAAGGAAACCUCAGAGGUGGAUGAGAAGAGGAAAGUAGUCGCUGUUGAUGAAGCCAUUUCUAAUGCGGCUGCAGAGGAGGCUAAAGCUAUCAAGGCUGACUGUGAGAAGAAUCUUGAGAUUGCGAUGCCUGCGCUGAAUGCAGCCAUCAAAGCUCUGGAUACAUUGAAGCAACAGGAUAUAUCUAUUAUGAGGACCAUGCAGAAUCCACCCCAAGGAGUCAAGCUCGUCAUGGAGGCCAUCUGUAUUAUGAAGAAUAUUAAACCAGAUAAGAAGACAAAUGACCAAGGGAAAAUCGUUGAGGAAUACUGGCCUGCCGCAAAAAAGAUGCUUGGAGACUUGAAGUUCUUGGAAUCUCUCAAGGAGUAUGACAAGGAUAACAUUCCAGCCCAGCUGAUGAAGAAGAUCCGAGAUAACUACAUCCCUAAUCCUGACUUUGAUCCUACGACUAUCCGCAAGGUGUCCUCGGCCUGUGAGGGACUGUGUAGCUGGGUCAGAGCCAUCGAGGUGUAUGAUAGAAUCGCAAAGAUUGUAGCCCCCAAGAAGUCUCGUCUGAAGGAAGCUGAAUCCAAGCUAGGUGAGCAGAUGUUGAAACUGAAUGAGAAGCGAGCCGUCUUGAAGGAAUACACUGAUAAGUUACAGGGACUCAACGACAAAUUGGAGAAGAGGAAUAAGGAGAAGAAGCAACUUGAAGAUAACAUUGAGAUGACGAGAUUGAAGUUGAUCCGAGCUGAGAAACUCAUCUCUGGUUUGGGAGGAGAGAAAGACAGAUGGAUGCAGCUAGCUCAGGAACUUGGUGAAACCUUUACUAACAUCGUUGGUGAUGUGCUGAUAUCAGCAGGAGUGGUGGCUUACCUUGGGAUAUUUACUCUAUCAUUUAGACAGGAAUGCUUGAAGGACUGGUAUAGACUGUGUAAAGAGAAAGACAUACCUGUGUCAGAUGUGUUCUCACUCUCUGCCACCCUUGGUGAUCCUGUCAAGAUAAGGGAUUGGCAACUAGCUGGCUUACCAGUCGAUAAUUUUUCUACAGACAAUGCUCUAAUAGUGACCAAUGCCAACCGCUGGCCACUCAUGAUUGACCCUCAGGGUCAGGCCAACAAGUGGGUCAAGAACAUGGAGAAACCCAACAAGCUACAGGUCAUUAAACUCUCUGACCCCAACUACUGCCGCUCUCUGGAGAACUGCAUUCAGUUUGGUCAGCCAUGUCUUCUGGAGAAUGUAGGAGAGGAAUUAGACCCUAUACUAGAACCUCUACUUCUCAGACAAACCUUCAAACAGAAUGGCCUUGACUACCUGCGCCUUGGUGAUAAUGUGAUUGAGUUUAGUAAAGACUUCAAGUUCUACAUCACCACAAGGAAACGUAACCCUCAUUAUCUGCCAGAAGUCUCUGUUAAGGUCACCCUCCUCAACUUCAUGAUAACUCCCCUAGGUCUUGAAGACCAACUCCUUGGCCUCGUCGCUGCCAAGGAGAAGCCCCAACUAGAGGAGAAGAAGAACCAGCUGAUCAUAGAGGGCGCUCAUAACCGCCGUCAGCUCAAGGAGAUUGAGGAUAAGAUCCUAGAGGUGCUGUCAUCCUCCGAGGGGAACAUCUUAGAAGAUGAGACGGCCAUCGAGAUCUUGUCCUCCAGUAAGGUCCUGUCUAAGGAGAUAUCUGAGAAGCAGGAGAUUGCUAGCAGGACGGAGAAGGAAAUUGAUGAGACGAGGGACGGGUACAAGCCGGUUGCUAAGCAUUCUUCCAUUCUGUUCUUCACGAUAUCGGAUCUUGCUAGCAUUGAGCCAAUGUAUCAGUACUCACUAGCUUGGUUUAUCAACCUUUAUUUACAGUCUGUCCAUCUCACUAGGACAAUGUCUCUGGAAAUGUUGCAACAAAUACCAUCCAUAAAUUCCAGUCCAGCCUCCAGUGAUCUGAAUGAGCGAAUCAACAGUCUGAAUAACCACUUCACAUACAGCAUCUACCAGAAUGUCUGCCGAUCUCUCUUUGAGAAAGAUAAACUUCUCUUCUCCUUCAUUCUAUGCAUUGGGCUGGCUAAGGGCAGAGGAGAGAUCGACGACAAUGAGUGGCGGUUCCUGCUGACAGGGGGCGUGGCUUUAGAGAAUCCAUUCCCCAAUCCGGCUCCCGAUUGGCUCCCUGAUAAAUCAUGGGCGGAGAUUGUCAGAGUGUCUACUCUCCCUGCCUUUGAUGACUUUAUGUUGAACUUCAGGAGUAAUAUUACUGACUGGAAAGCAUUGUAUGAUUCGCAUUCCCCACACACUGAUGUGAUUCCAGAGCCUUGGGAAAUUACUUUAAAUGACAUCCAGAAGCUGAUUAUACUGAGAAUAAUCAGACCUGAUAAGGUUGUUCCAGCGGUCAGUAACUUCAUUGUGAAGCGCAUGGGUCACGCCUACAUUGAACCACCAACCUUUGACCUCACAAGGUCAUACCAAGACUCCAGCCAUUCUACACCCCUUAUAUUUGUGUUGUCCCCCGGUGCUGACCCCAUGGCUGGCCUGAUGAAGUUUGCCGUUGAAAAAGGUUUUCUGAAGCAAACCAGACAGGAAUCAUUAGGCUGUAUCAAUCCUGGCUUCAGUCGGAAGGGGAGCAGAAGUAGCGCAUUGAGACGCGAGCAUCGGAUGUCGUCCUCAUCAUCAGAUCUGAUGAGAACUGCAACGCCCGAAGUGGAUGAAAUGGCUGAGGCAUUGCAGACUCUGCCUCUUAUAGUCACUGAGGCUCAAGCCACUCAGGACGUUGAGAAAAACAUCCUAGAUAGUCAAACCAGUACUGCAGAGAAAGAAACCAUUUUGGAAAAUGAGACGCUUCAGACGAUUGGAGCAGUUGAUUCUUCUGCCAAUCCUCCUAAAGAUGAUACAUCAAGAGAAUCGUUGGAUGGUGCAGCUGCACCUAAUGCUGGGGGUGAUAAUCAGCCUCGAAGCAGUGAACCUUUUCAAGACCCACAUUCAAGGAAUCCGCAUUUACAGAUAGAGGAUCCACAAACACCCUUGUCUCCUCAGCAGACACCUCUUCAUCCAGUACUCAAAGAUGGUGCAUCUGAGGACGUGAGUACUGAAGAAAUGACGCAACAGCUUCAAGAAGCUGUGCUGGAUUCUGAAGGAAGUACAGAGCAGAAAGUUGAGAAUCACACCAAAGAUGUCGCCUCUCAGGUGGAGGUAAUGUCAGAGAAACUUCAAGAAGCUGUUAAGACAUCUUUAGGAAGUGCGAAAGGGAAAGCUGCCACUGCCCGAAACCAUGCAGUUGAAGAAGACUUCAGGGAGAAGAAGACAUCCAAAUUAUACCGCCCUCGCCUGGCCAGAACCAUCAGUCGAAUCAGUCGAAUGGGCGGUUCAGGACUACAGACAAUCUCACUAGGUCAGGGUCAAGGACCCAUUGCUACCAAGAUGAUUAACAAGGCCGCAGAAAAUGGAACAUGGGUCGUCCUCCAGAACUGCCACCUCGCUACUUCAUGGCUUCCAACCCUAGAGAAGAUCUGUGAAGAGCUCAUCACUGAUCCAGAGAAGACCAAGCCUACGUUCAGACUCUGGCUGACCAGUUAUCCAUCACCUUCCUUCCCGGUCUCCAUCUUACAGAAUGGGAUUAAGAUGACCAAUGAACCACCCAAGGGAUUAAGGGCUAAUCUCCUUAGAUCCUAUCUAAAUGAUCCUAUAUCUGAUCCAGAGUUCUUCGAUGGAUGCAACAAACCAGAGCUAUGGAGGAAGUUGUUAUUCAGCUUAUGUUUCUUCCAUGCAUUGGUUCAAGAAAGGAGGCAGUUCGGUGCCCUAGGAUGGAACAUCUCUUAUGAGUUCAACGAGUCAGAUCUCAGGAUAAGCGUUCGACAACAGCAAAUGUUCCUGAAUGAUUAUGAGGAUGUCCCUCUAGAGGCCAUUUCAUACCUGACUGGACAGUGUAACUACGGAGGACGAGUCACUGACGAGCGAGAUCGACGUCUCCUCAUGAGUCUCUUGAGUAACUUCUAUAAUGAGGAUAUACUCAAGAUGGAGAAUUACAGCUUCUCAGAGAGCGGGAAUUACCGAUGUCCAGUGUCAGGUCCAUCUCAAAGCUACAUUGAGUAUAUCAGAAGCCUGCCUCUCUUGCCACAUCCAGAGGUGUUUGGACUUCAUGAGAACGCUGAUAUCAGUAAAGAUCAGAAAGAGACACAACAGCUGUUUGAAGGUAUCCUACUUACUCUUCCAAGACAGGCAUCUGGAGCGGGUCGAACUUCCCAGCAGAUUAUUGAAGAUCUAGCAUCGGACAUUCUCUCCAAGAUUCCUCCUAAUUUCAGCUUAGAUGAAGUCAAGGCUAAAUACCCAGUACGCUAUGAGGAAUCGAUGAACACUGUACUAGUGCAGGAGCUGAUUCGCUUCGGCAGACUGAUCAUCGUCAUUCGCAGUAGUCUACUCGAUAUCAGGAGAGCACUGAAAGGACUUGUAGUCAUGUCUAGUGAUCUAGAAGACGUCUUCAGUAGUAUGAUGGUGGGCAAGGUUCCAGCGAUGUGGGCUGCCAAGUCCUACCCUUCCCUCAAGCCUCUAGGAAGCUACAUCACAGACCUGAUGGCAAGACUGCAGUUCUUUAAGGAUUGGAUUCAGACAGGUAUGCCUACAGUAUUCUGGAUGUCUGGCUUCUAUUUCACUCAGUCCUUCUUGACGGGAAGUAUGCGGAACUACGCUAGGAAGUACAAGAUCCCUAUAGACCAGCUGGGCAUCCAAUUCCAGGUCAUGGAGCAGGAGACAUCCAUGCCUUGUAAACCAGAUGACGGUAUCUAUGUAAAGGGUUUGUUCAUAGAGGGCGCCAGAUGGGACCGAUUGGGGAACUGUUUAGCAGAGUCACUACCUAAACUCCUUUAUGAUAUGCUGCCAGUUAUUUGGAUUAAACCUGGAGAGAGAUCCUCAUUUGAACUGAAGAGCACAUAUUCAUGCCCAGUCUACAAGACCAGCGCACGGAGAGGCACACUGUCAACUACCGGUCAUUCAACCAACUUUGUUUUCUUUGUGGAUCUACCGUCUGACCGGCCAGAGAAUCACUGGGUCAACCGUGGGGUCGCUAUGCUAUGUCAGCUGGACGACUGAACAUCAUUCAACCAACUUUGUUUUCUUUGUGGAUCUACUGUCUGACCGCCCAGAGAAUCACUGGGUCAACCGCGGGGUCGCUAUGCUGUGUCAGCUGGACGACUGAACAUCAUUCAACCAUCUUUGUGGAUCUACUGUCUGACCGGCCAAAAAAUCACUGGGUCAACCGCGGGUUCGCUAUGCUGUGUCAGCUGGACGACUGAAUAUCAUUCAACCAUCUUUGUGGAUCUACUGUCUGACCAGCCAGAGAAUCACUGGGUCAACCGUGGGGUCGCUAUGCUAUGUCAGCUGGACGACUGAACAUCAUUCAACCAACUUGUUUUCUUCGUGGAUCUACUGUCUGACCAGCCAGAGAAUCACUGGGUCAACCAUGUGUCAGCUGGACGACUGAACAAGGUGGGAAGUUCUCAUUCAAACACCAGCACUGUUAACUUUUGUACCAUCUUGUCAUAAAAUUUACCAAAUCCUUCCCAACCACGUAAACCAACUGUAAAAUACCAAUGGACUAAUAGUACUUCUGAAAGGUGACCUUCGUGGGAAAUAUUUUAAUUAUGAUGUGAUUCUUCAGAGCAUAGCUCAGAGUAAAACUUUGAGAGAAAAAUCCUCAUACAGAGAUGAGGUUAAUUUGAGUUGCACACAUCUUGGCUACAGCAAGUGAUGGAACGAGACAUGGGACCAUUGUCGCCUUGUAAAGUUGUGGGAUUGUUGAGUAGUAUUUUAAACCUUGUCGUGUGGGAAAUAAAUCUUUGAACUACAGUUUGCAGCAGCUCCACUUAAAUUCUCUCUCGUUGUGAGCCGAGGUGGUUCUGAAAGGAGUCGGUCAUAUAUAGACCAACGCUUCGAUCAGUUUUACUCUAACCGACUUAAAUUCUUCAGAUUUUAAUUUCACUCCUUUUUUCUUUUCCUUUUUUGCCAAAUUAUAAUCAUUCACUAAAAUUGAAAAAGAAAUUGCAGUCAAGUUUGGUUUCAGUUUCCAAGAAAGAAUGUUUUCUUACGUUAAAUGGCUGACCUUGACUAUGAUAUUUUGUCAGAGUGGUUGAUAUUUAGCGAAGCACACAGGGUAUUUAGAAGUCAUGUAUUUAGGAGAAAAUUAAAGACACUUAUUUGGUUUAAAGUGGUGGAAAUUCCUUAAAAGGUUGAAACCAUAAUAUUUUGUAUUCUGCACUCACUCACUCCGUCGACCAAAGUGGCUACUUGAGACGAGCACAAUGAUACAUACACCACCCAUCACGAUUCCUCAUGCAACUCACUAGUAUUGCACUUAAUGUCUGUCUUUCAAGUGUAAAAAUGUUUUUGUAUGUAAGUCUUUGGUUUUAAUUCUUAAUUUUUGUAUCACACGGUCAACUAUUCCAGUGAUGUUUUCCAUAAAGAUUGUAUGAAUAUAGAUGCUAGACCAAAGUCAAGAUUCUUGUGUAAGAAAUAGUUUUUUAUUGAUAGUGUAAAUCCGUCCAAAGAUUUUUUACAAAAUGUAAAUAUAUGAUUAUGAAUCAAAAAUGAUUAUUUAUUGAUGAGAUUAUUAGUUAAUUUAUAAUGAUCAUGAUGAAAAUGUACAUAUUUUGGGUUUUCUUGUGUUAAUGUAUGGAGAAUACUGUUGUAAUUUAUUUCAAAGAUUGAAUUCUACUUUUGUACUGAAGACAUCUAUUUACUGUAAAUUUUGGAGAGUUCAAACGGUUGUUUCAAAUUACCUGGUUUGAACUUUUAAAAACCUAAAAUCUUUAUUUUUGUUUGUAUUUUUGAAGAUGUUGAAUAAUGAUUGAGAAAAGUUCAAGAUGAAUUUUUCAUAAUUUGUCGGACAGUUUUUGUUCCUGUUAAUCGUGGCCAAGGUACAUUUUCGUAAAGCUGUUCAGCAGAAAAAUUGUUGCUUAGUGAAAACUAGCAGGUAACCAGUCACCAACAAUUUACAUCACUUUGUGAUUUGAAUUUUCCUUGCUUUAAAUCUUGUACUAACCUUCAGCCGAUUUCACAAAACUUAACGCAAGGCACAAGUUGCGCAAGUGGAUUUCCCAGUUGCGUCAGGUUUUGUGAAAUCGGCUGCGUAUGCAGUAAGGUCGAGAGUCAUGACUAUUUGUUCCCCUUCAUGGUUCUUUGGGUUGUGAUGACUGGACAAUUCUUUUCUGUUCUGAAAAAAAUGCAAUCCAGAUUAUAGCGCGUCUUGCAAAGAUUCUGUUAAAUAUUGGUUGACAGCAUGUCACAUGCUGUAUGUUAUUCACCAAAUUUGCGCCAAUCAGAAAAAUACUACCACUGCUUGCAUCAAAAGAAUAUCAGCAACAAGAAAUCUAAGCAACACGUACGCUAAGAUGUAGAGACGGGCAUACCAUUCUUAUGCAUUUAUGGGCAUCGAUGAUGGCCAACCAAGAAUUGCUAUUUGCCAUUACAAAUGCUAUAGAAUUUUGCAAGUUAUGUUUUUUAAUAACGACUGUGUACCACUUUUAAAAUAGUAAAGCUAUAAUGGUUAAGCUAGGUCUGCUUUAGCAGCUGUAUGAAAUGAGCACCUGUGCCCAAUUUCAGAGUGAUACUUAAGCAGAAUAUGUUGCUUACCAAAAAUUUGCAGAAUACCAGUCAGAAAGAACAGAUGUGCGUGGUAUGUAUUUUGGCUGGUAAUGUUUUGUAGUAAGCAUCAUUUUAUUGUGCUAAAACAGCACCAGUACUUGAUGUAAUAAUAUGUUUAAAUACUUUUGUCUUUUUGUUGUAUGGAUAUUCUUUUUACACUGCAAUAAAAUAACUCUUCCGUCCAUCAGCACUGAA